AUUUUGUAUUCUUUAUGUAUUGCGCAGGAUGUCAGUGUUUGUUUGAUGUUUCAACAGUAUGGCAUCAAUGCGAGUUUUCUUAUUUAUGCCGUUUAGUUGUUGCCUCCACUCAGCAAAAGUGUACAAAUGAUCCAUCUGCUGAAUACACCUCUGAUGCAUCAGGUUCACCUGGUCCUGGAUGCUCCUCUUCAUCAAGCACUUCAGCUGAAAGAUGUGACACUUGCACUGAAACUUUGGUUCCUGACAAUGACUGGCAGUAUGAUUUUGUUGUUCCGUGGGAAAAAAUGCCAGCAAGUUUUAUGAAGAAGAUUAAAAGUGGGGAAAGGCCGAGCUGCUCUGAGAGAAGACAGUUGGUUCGCACUGUUGCUUCCGAAAUCCUGGAGGUCAGUAAACGUCCAUCAAAAAAACAUGUAUCAGAAAUCGCCCGAAAAAUUACAAUUGCAUACCCAAAGUCCUUUAGAGAUGAAAUUGAUUCCCAGAUUGUAGGAAGUGGAUAUGACUCUCUCCUUAAACAACUAGUCUGUCGAAUUGAUCAUUUAAAAAGAGCAAAAACUACCACUAGAUCACUUUGUGAUAUGCCAGAAAAGUCAAAGAAACGGAAAUCGGAGUAUGGUUGUAUAAAUUCAGAACCCCAGUUUCCAGCUGGAGAAACUUCUGAAUUGCAGCAAGAAAAAAAAGCGAAAUUGCUUGAAAUGUUUCAAAAUAAGGAAAGCAAUGUAAAGACCAUCUACAGCUUGAUGACUGCUACCUACACUUCCCAAAGAAAUGACGUCCAAUUUGGAAAGGAAACCUCAGAGUUACUUGAUGAGUGGCCAUAUCUCUUCCAGACAGCAGGAAUGGAAAGCACACUUUAAAGAGCUCACUGGCAUUGACAUGAAUGACAGCUUUGAAGAAGCCACUUCCAGUAAAUUCAGAAGAAUAUUGGAAUACUUUCAGUUUCAGUGCACAGAGAGAGCGAGCAGAGCAGGGAGAAUCCUCAGCAAGAUUCAGACUGGAGGGGAUCAUGUUUGUGGGGCAGUGAUGUUGCUGCUUGCCCUUUUCAAAAAUGACCAAGACCAGUUUCUUGUGAUAGUAGAAGACACUUGUGUUCCCAAUGAUAUAUGCCAAGAGAAGCUUCCACCUACUCCAUGUAUAGUAGUGUGUGGAGAGAACCCACUGACAGCCAGUUUAUACAUGGUAGCAGUAGACCAGAUGAUUGUGAAUGACCAUCUUUUGAGAUUUACUGAGGCGCUGUGUCUGAUGUUUUCCCUCUACUACAUACUGAACAUGAGUUACCCUGUAGAACUGGGGGCCACGCUAGAAUUCCUGCAAAGGUGCAUCUUCAGGAUAAAUCCUCACAAAGGUACCAAGGUGGAAAAGAGAGAGAAAAAGCGAGUGUACGCUGUCAACCCAAAAGUAUUGAGUCUCACAUCAAAAAUUGCUGCAUUUGACUGGGGAGACUAACAGAUGCAGCCAUCCAGAAAUGUGACUUCUCAACAGUACAGAACAAACUUUUCGUACUGUAACGCAU